AUGGGACGGAGUGCGGUGGUAGCGGUGGUGGCGAUGGGGAGAGUGAGUCCGCCGAGUCCGGUGGCUCGGUCGAAAAGAGUUCAUCAGUCUCUCAAGGAUCUUCCUCCUCCGGUAAGCAAGGGAGUUGAGCAGAUUGAUGUCGCUUGUCGCCGCGGAGAGUGGAGGCGGGGAAAAAAGCAUCGAAUCAGUGUAGACCGUCGUCGGUGA